CAACCAUAUAAAAGGCACCUCUCAUCCAAAACUCAACACUCAUCCUUACAAGGGUCUUCUGUAGGCUAUCACACAUAUCACUAAAAUGUUCUGCUUUGAAAUACUUCAGACCCGUGGUUCUAAGACAUCUGCCUCAUGGAUCAGCUUGACCUUUCUUUGUUCAAUGCUGUGCAUGUGGACUAGUGUAGAGUGCUGGUCCUACUUCUACUCCAACAACACCAUGACUUGGCAGCAAGCUAGAGUCUGGUGUAAGGACCACUACACAGACAUGGUGGCUAUCCAGAACCAGGAGGAGAUUGCACAUCUCAACAGCUGGCUGCCCAGAAAACGAACCUACUACUGGAUUGGGAUCCGCAAGAUAAAUAACACCUGGACCUGGGUAGGGACCAACAAGGCUCUGACAGAAGAAGCAACCAACUGGGCAAAGGGCGAACCAAACAAUGGCAAAAGUGGUCAAAGUACGGGGGUGAAUGAGGAUUGUGUGGAGAUGUACAUUAAAAGGGAGUUACAACCAGGCAAGUGGAAUGAUGAGAGGUGUACGAAGCCGAAGACCGCUCUGUGCUACACAGCUGCCUGUAAGAAUGACUUGUGCCUCUAUGGAGAAUGUGUAGAAACCAUCAACAGCCACAGGUGCGCUUGCUUUGAAGGCUUCUAUGGAGAGAAGUGUGAGCAAGUUGUUAAGUGCAACAAAGAGGAGGUGGAGACCCCUCCAUAUAAAGGAAGUGUAAAUUGCACUCAUAAGUAUGGCGACUUCUCCUACGACUCCUUGUGCCAGUAUUCCUGCGAGAAGGGAUACCAGCUGAGUAACCCAAGACAGCUGACCUGCACUGCCUCGAAAGAGUGGUCAGAGCAGCCUCCUACAUGUGAACUGGUUAAGUGUCAGGAGCUGUCUAGUCCAGCAAGAGGGUCCAUUAAGUGCUCAGAUCCUCUGGGCUCCGCCAGCUACCAGUCCACCUGUGUGUUCACCUGUGAUGAAGGCUUUGUUCUCACUGGUUCCCCAUCUAACACUCUCCAAUGUGAAGCGUCAGGAAUUUGGAAUUCCUCACAACCGUCUUGUGAAGCUGUCCAGUGCCCCGCUCUCCAGGAGCUACAGAAUGGUGUUGCCAGCUGUGGAGACGAUGCAGGCAUGAGGUUCAGCUACGGAAACACCUGCAGCUUCAGCUGUGCCGCCGGCUACCGCCUAGUGGGCCCGAGCAGUGUGACAUGCACGUCUGCAGAGUGGAGCGAGAAAAUGCCUCGCUGUGAAGCUAUCACUUGCCAGAACCCAGACGGAGAAGCUCACCUGAUUUCCCAGUGCAGCCAACCUUUGACUGAUUUGCGACCAAACGCCGACUGCAGGUGCAGCUGUGAAGCAGGCUUUGAACUACAUGGAGCACGCAUCAUUAAGUGUUCUGAGGACGGACAGUGGAGUGAAGCCAUACCUACCUGCAAAGCAAUAGGAUGUCCUGCUCUUGAGAUUCCAACAAAUGUCCAGAUUAGCUGCAGCACUUCUUCACCUACUGCCACCCCCCAUCCACUUGGUAUGGUCUGCAAUUUUCGCUGUGAAGAAGGCCAUGAGCUGCAAGGUGCACACAUCAUGGAGUGUGCAAAUCCGGGCCAGUGGAGCUCUACACCACCAACCUGCACAGCUGUGAGAUGCCCUUUGCUUGAGGCUCCUGAAAACGGUCAUAUCAACUGCUCAGAUAGAGCAGAUAGAGACCCGGUGUACAACUCACAGUGCUCCUUUACAUGCAAUCAAGAUUAUUCGUUAGAAGGACAUGAGCUGCUGACCUGUGACCAUCAUGGCAAUUGGACGGAAGAGAAACCCACCUGCCAAGCUGCCCCAUCUCAGAUUACUGCCAUUGCUUCUGGUUUGGCAGGAGGGGGCGCUCUGUCAUUAUCUGGUCUGUCUGUGGCUAUGUGGAUGCUGAAACGACUGAAAAAGAAAGCCACCAAGUUUGAGCUGAACAGCAACUCUGACAUAGAGGCCCCUCCACAGGUCUACAAAAACAGCAGUGACAGCCUCAUAUAGAGCACAAUCAUAUACUUCAGAGACAACUAAGGACAACUAUAUAUAUCUUUAACAUAACUGUAUGUGAAUUAGCAGUCAUAGUAAUGUGAACAAUAUGAAAAACAUACAUUAGUAUAUAACUUGUUAACAGGACAAACCAAUAUAUCAGCUGUAUCAAUAGUAAGAGGAAUGGUUUCUUCAGACUUUUGCAUUUGAUUGUUGUAUUCUAGUUUGUUGAAUUUUAUCAUUGAAUUUCACAAUUUACUCCGUAAUGUUGUUCAGACUUGUAUUUCCUCCCCAGGGGAGUUUUAUAUUGAACAUGUUGUUCUAUAGCUUUAUGAGCAUGCUGGAAAGGUGACUCUAUUCAAGUUAUUGUAAAUGUUACAUAACCUUGUGGAUGGAUUGCCACGUCAUUGCAAAACUGUGAAUAAUGUCACUAAAUUGAUUUCUGUAUUUAUGUACUAUUUAUUGCAUUUGUUUAUUCAUAUUUCUGUAUUUUUAAAGCUGUGCUGAUGUUUAUUCAUUCAUAAUAAAACUUCAAGCCGUCA